AUGGCAAACCACCCAAAAAGAUUUGAAAUAGACCGUUGGGAUUCGGAAUUAAACCCUUCCAAGAAUGAAUUAAAAGAACGUAUCAAAGGAAAAUUUGGUAUUGUCUGUACUCCUUUAAACACCACUCUGGACAAGGAAGUCAUAGCUGCAGCUGGAGAAAAUGAUUUAAAAGUGGUUUCUACGGUAUCUACCGGAUUAAAUCAUUUAGAUAUCGAAGAACUGAAAUCAAGAAAUAUUAGAGUUGGUUUUGGUUAUACACCCGAUGUCUCUGUUCCAGCUGUGGCAGAGCAUGCUAUAGCUUUGCUAUUAGCCACUGGCAGACGUGUCGUUGAAGCACAUAAUGCAAUUUUAAAUACAUUUGAAGCUAAAGUAAAUAACCUUGAUGCAAUGGGUGACAGUGCACUUAUAAUUCUUAUCACAGCUGACAAGCUUGGAGCCGAAUUUCAAUCUUUAGAUUUCAUAAUAACAGAAAGUGAUUUCAUUAUCGUGGCCCUGGCACAGACUGCCCAAACUAAAGGAAUAUUCAACAGAGCAAGAAUAAAUUCAAUGAAAUCCAAUGCAAUAUUGAUCAACAUUGCUCGAGGAGACUUAUUAGAUGAAGCAGCUUUGAUCGAAGCCCUCCAAAAUAAAAAAAUUGCCGGUGCUGGUCUCGAUGUAUUCCACGAAGAGCCAUUGCCUCUCGAUAACCCAUUCAUGAAACUGCAUAACGUUGUUCUAUCUCCUCACAUAGCCUACAAUACACAUGACUGUCGUAAAUCUAUGGAAGAAUUAGCAGCUCUGAACGUCUUAGCAGUUUUAAACGGAGACAAAAUGCCAGCCGAAGUUUUAUAA